ACAUCCAACACUCCGCCGACACGUCUCAUCACCAUGGGCGACGAUUCCCAUGCACUUGCUUCGGGCGACACCAGGUUCCCUUCAAGCUCGACAUUACUCGUCGAGUGGCGGCAAUGAUGAUGACAGGCAGUCUUCUAGCAAGGAGGAGUCCGCGUCGCCAUCUAGUCUCACCACUGGUUUCGGCUUCCAAAGCCUGAGUGGCCUUUUUGAACAGCCGAAGCGAGGAAGGUACAGUACUACGCGUGGGUCGCAGCAACAGUCUGAUGCCGCAUCCUCGCCGGAAGUAUCCGAUCAUCUCGCGAAUUCUAGGAGUGAACAACCUCUAAGAGUUGCAGAGCCCUUUUUCAAUCGCAAUAAUCCAGUGACAAUGCAGGAUGAGGACCUAUCUCGCAUAGGAAGUUCUUUUUCGGCCGAUGCAAGACCUGCGGAGAUCAAUGCUGGGAGCAGCGAUGCGUCCACAUCGAAGGUCACAGAGGAAACAAACCCCGAUGGCUCUCUUCAUGCGGCGAGCAGUAUAACAACUCGGCGUCCAAUCAAAGACCAUGCAAAAGAUGAUGAAACGCCGACGGUCAUUGGAGAAGCCUUUCGAAGGCGCUUCGCCACGAGCGAUGACUCUGAAUCGUCCAAUCCUGGGCAUAGUCGCACUCGCCGUACAUUUAUAAACAGGCGACUGAGAGGUUUUUCCACGCAGGGUACCGAGAUACCUGUCGAGCCGAAACGCCCAAAUCCCUUUUUAGUUAUGUCGAGGACACAGGCUGGAAAACCUGGAGAUGAUAAGCGCAUGGCACCGCGGCACACUGUUUCGCCACAGCCCAAGAAUUCCUGGGGUUUCUCGAAGGGGUCCCAGGCGCAUGUCAAUUCUCUUCCGGAGCGGGAAACCAAUGUUGCUGUUUCGGACGGCAAGUCAAUUGAGUCCUUGGAAGGUUUACAACAAUCUAAGGAGGAUGCUGUUGCGACUAGCAAUUCAACAGCCACGCCUCCACAUCGACUAGCGACACACGCAAAGACCGAUCCCGGUCAUGUUGAGCGAAGCAGACCAACGAGCUCAGUCGAAACGAAGCCCCAGUUAACUCAUGUCACUGGGUCGGGAGAAGCGCAUAUGGUUGAUGUGGGAGCGAAGCGGGACACUCACCGGGUUGCAGUGGCCACGGCAUUCGUGAAGUUCAGAAAGCCGGAAACGCUACGGCUCAUUCAGGAAAAUAACAUGAAAAAAGGCGAUGUGCUGGGAAUCGCACGGAUCGCGGGUAUCAUGGCAGCCAAACGCACGUCCGACCUCAUACCACUGUGCCAUCCUCUGGCCAUCAGCAAAGUCGAAGUCCAUGUUACCGCCCAUGCACCUCGGGCAUUCCAAAGGAACGGCUGGCUACCUGGAAGCACAAAUGGUUUUAUUGCAAUACAAGCGCGCGUCGAUUGCGUAGGACCGACUGGCGUGGAAAUGGAAGCUCUCACGGCUGCAACAGCAGCAUCUCUGACCAUUUAUGAUAUGUGUAAGGCUGUUGACAAGGCUAUGACCAUUGUCUCAGCAAGAGUCGUGUACAAGUCCGGUGGGAGAAGCGGGCUGUAUGAGUAUGAGCCUUGGACUGCAGCGAUGGGAAGCGAGUGGUUCGCGGAGAAUGGCUUGGUAACGGAGUGGUCACCAGGAGGGCAAGACACUCCGCCGAUUAGCAAGCACGUAGUUGCUGCCCCAUCGAGAGCACGUCUCGCUUUAAAGCGGCGUAGGAAGAGGGCAUAGCAGGGCGCGUACGUCCAGCCCGUGGAGUCUGAUGCAUAGAAAGGUGGCUGAGAAUCAUGUCGAUGCACCCUCGGCGCUGUAAGCGGAUAUUUGUAGAUGGCGAUUCUGCG